AUGGCAGCAUCGUUACCCUCAUCCACCAGCAGCUUUGCUGCAUCGUUGCCUUUGCAAGAUGGAGGCGCCGACGGAACAAAAGAUGACUCCUCGAGACAGAGCGACGCCGACUCUUCAGGGAGCGAAUCUGAUAGUGGGUUGUCGACCAGAUCUGGAACCGCACUCAGAGAAGUAGACCGGCGGAGAAGCGGAGACAUGACACCAAGUCCGAACAUAUCACGAUUCAGCCAAGUGCCCCAAUUACUGCACUCAGGACGGCCUACUACGCUUGCCGGUCCCGAGAACGACAUUGGCAGCGGUAUUGAAAAUGAAUACAGCAGCCCCAGUACCAGCGAGAACAGCGACAGUGACCGGGAUACAGAUGAUGACAGUUUUGACGCUGAUAUUUUGGCCGCUGUGGGCGGAAAUAUCGGCCUGGCCGUGACUUUGAUUCCAUAUCUCCACAGACUGAGAGCAAAGUCUGUACAAGAAAAGAUUGACAAUUGGCAGAUCGAAGUGGCGGAUCCCGUCGACGGUGACGAUGGCACCAAUGGCAGUAUCGACUCUCCCGAGUCACUUCGCGCACACCGCGGAAGCUUGCGGUCCUCACGGGCUGCAAGAAAGAGACGCCAUCAGUCGGAUUCUGACAACGACCAGGACGAAUAUGAUGAUGACGAGGGUGGGAAUGAUAGUCCUGAUUUUCUGGGACUGCCCCAAGGAAUAAAGGACCUGUAUUUAGCUUGCCAUUUCCACAAGUUUGAUCCCAUAAAGUACGGGAUUCGACACAUUUCUCCGGCAUCGUCUCGGAAGGACAAGUAUCGAACGUGUGCUGGCCCAGGUUUCAAGACCAUCCAACGACUGAAACAUCAGUCUCCGAAGACGCUCCAGCUACACAGCAGCCUCGAUUAG